UCGGUGUGUCGGUGUGUCGGCAUGCCACAAUUUCAAAACUACAGCAGCGGUCAAGCCCGCUUACUAUUUUUAUAUUGGUCACGUACACUUUCUCCCAUGAACCAGCUGCACCCCUCUUCUUCUUGGCACACAAACAUGGAAUGAGUUGUGGCCACGCAUCACCAGAAGUGCUGAGGGGAAAAAAGAUGAAAAGAGCACCCUCGGGCAAAGUUGUCCUUUGAGCCUCUGAGAAGUCGACCCUUUGGCUUUUUCCCCCUCUGGAGCUUGCCUCACUGACAGCAUGCAGGAGAACCGCGUCUCUCGUUGGUAUUUUGGUGGAGUCUCGUCCAGUGCAGCAGCCUGUGUAACCCAUCCACUGGAUUUGAUAAAGGUCCACUUGCAAACACAGCAGGAAGUGAGGAUGAGGAUGAUUGGGAUGACUCUUAAUGUAGUGAGAAGAGAGGGUUUUCUGGCUCUCUACAGCGGGCUCACUGCUUCCCUCUGCCGGCAGAUGACAUAUUCUUUGUCACGAUUUGCCAUUUACGAGACCGUCAGGGAUAAGAUGAAGAGAAAAAACAAAGGUCCUAUGCCUUUCCACCAGAAAGUCCUCCUGGGUGCCUUUGGAGGUUUUACAGGUGGUUUCAUUGGAACCCCAACUGACCUGGUGAAUGUCCGAAUGCAGAAUGAUGUCAAGAUGGCAGCAGAGUUCAGAAGAAAUUAUGCUCAUGUGUUUGAUGGGCUCUUACGUGUCUGUAAGGAAGAGGGGCUGAGGAAACUGUUCUCAGGUGCUUCAAUGGCUUCUUCUAGAGGUGCAUUGGUGUCUGUUGGACAGCUCGCCUGCUACGACCAGUCCAAAGAGUUGGUUCUGGCUACUGGUUACCUGACUGACAACAUUCUCACUCACUUCCUGGCGAGUGUGUUUGCAGGUGGCUCUGCUACAAUCCUCUGUCAACCGCUGGAUGUUGUUAAAACAAGAUUAAUGAAUUCAGAAGUUCAGUAUGGGAGCGUGUCUCACUGCUUAACAGAAACAGCAAAGCUGGGGCCGAAUGCGUUCUACAAGGGUCUUGUUCCUGCAGAUUGCCUCAUCCCUCACACAGUCUUAACCUUCAUAUUCCUCGAGCAGCUGAAGCAGCAUUUUGGUGAGAUGGUCGUUACCUGACGGUGCCAUAAGGAGGUUAUCCUACGGCCACGGCUAUUCCUUCAGGAUUUUAAUGGCCCUCCAUGCUGCACAGGUUGAUCUCGACAAACUGAGCUGGGGUUGAGUGGAACCCUCAAAAGUCUGAGACGGAAAGAAAAUCUUCAUGCUACGUUUUUCCAUCCUUAACACAUAAUCAAAACAACUUGUGUAAUAAUAACAUCCAAAGCUCCAGACAAAAACGUGGUGACGAAACGUGGUGUUUCUUAAAAACAGAGACGAUUUAAAUUAUUUACAUUCACCACUGUGGUACUUCACUUGUCAUGAACUGUGCAACUAUAAAUAUCACCUAAGGUUAUAUAAGGCUAAUAAAGUAAUAAAUGGAUUUCCAUUAAAUUC